CCUUAAAAGAGCGAGCGGCACGCCAGUCACCCAGAUAGUACAUAGGCAAACACUCUAUAACAAUGGAACAAGCGCAAUCGCAGCCCUCCCGCAACCUGCUUGCGCGAGCGGGCAGAAUAUCGAAGCAGGUGCGCGAACCUGGCGCUGAGGCAGACCAGCUCUUUUGUGACACCGACCUGGUGCACGACCACGGAGACGGGUCCGUUGGUGAAGGUGGCGAGCGAGGCAUUCCCGACAUGGACGGUAGUCCUGUCUCCCCCUACCCGGCCAUCUCACCUGCGGGUCUCGGCGGUUCACGCAACAGCCAACUCUUCCCAGGCAUCGAUGGUGCGGCGACCUCAGCCGCGCCAGACUGUUGGCCGAUUGGGCUUCAGUUCGCGACGUCUCCAACGUCGGGCCCCGCUCCACCCGUGUCACCCGCGGUGCCACCCGCGCCAUCGGUCACAUUAGCGAUGGCAGCUACGGCCAGUGAUGCUGGCCUCAGUGCCGCCGGUCGCAGAAGCGCCGGACUCAACACUGGUGGCGGCGGCAGCAGCAGCAGCAGCAGUAGCAGCAGCAGCGGCGCCAUCUGCUCACUGCUGUGCCGUAUCAACGCCAGCCGCCAGCAGUCUGCAGAGAUCGCCGGCACCUCCAACCCCCACCACAACCGCCACCACAACCACCUCAACCACCUCAACCAGCCCUCAACACCAACAUCAGCAUCGCUGCUGACGCGGUUUGCCGACACACUCCACAUGGGCACCUUCACGGCACGCGUCCGGCCGUUGACCGCCGCUGAUGCCUUCCUGGUGGUGCACGUGGCGGAGGCGUGGAACCUGCAGCCGGGCAGCAGCUUGCGGGGGCUCACCAAGUGCGACCCAUACGUGGAGGCUCUGUUUCAGUGGCAGGACGGCGCGGCGCUCGAGGCGGCAGCCGGCGGCAGCAGCAGCAGCAGCAGUAGCAAAGGAAAGCGAGGCGGCGGCGUCCUGAGGCGGCUGCUGCCCAAGUCCCGCCGCGCACUGACAGCAGCGCCCGGCGGUGGCGGCGGCCUGCUGCGGGCGACGCCGGCGCAGGAGACGCGCGUGCUGGACGUGAACCGGCACCCCAUGUGGCACGAGCGGCUGGUCUUCCCACUGGGUGGCCUGGAUGAGGGCGCGCAGCUGGUGAUCAAGAUCCAUGACGAGGACGGCCUCGGCAAGAGCCUGGUUGGGCUGGCGGAGCCGCUGCCGCUGGAUGCCUUGCUGGCUGGGCUCGACACGCUGGGCCAGGAGCAACCGUUCAUGCUGCGGCUCAAGGACGCAAAGGGCGCGCCGCGGCCGGGGCAGCUGUCCAUCCGCGUGUCCGUGCACGAGCGAGGGGCGUACGCGCAGGAGACGGCGCUGUCGGAGGCGCUGCAGCGGCCCACCUCCGUGGCGGCGGCGCUGCGCGGCCGGCGGCUGCACGUGGGCGUGAGGCGGCUGGAGGGGCUGACGGGGCUGCACGGCCGCGAGCCCGACCUGCUGCUGCGCUUCAGGCUGGGCCACGAGGUGGUCUACCAGCCCCUGCAGUGCGUCGGGCUCACGGGCGGCGUGGCACAGCCGCAGCACCUGGACCUCAGCCUGCACGGCGGCGGCGGCGGCGGCGGCGGCGAGCCUGGGGCGGCGGCGGCGGCGAAGGCCCAGUCGCCGCCGCGCAUGCUGGCCACGGCGGAAAUCGACAUGGAUGCGGCGCUCCGGGGACCGCUUGGGCGACUGGCUCUGAACAAGAAGUUUGGAGAUGUGCAAGUGGCGUUGCUGCUGCACAAAAAGUCAGGUGGAGGGUCCCUGCAUGCCGCCCCAGCGGCGGCGGCGGCGGCGGCAGCCGCAGCGGUGGCGGCGGAGGAGAGCGGUGCCAGUGGUGCCGUUGCUGCGGGGGCAGGCGGGGGCCCUGCAAGCAGUCUGGGCAGCAGGAACCUCCGCCGCGGCGCAACGCGACCUGUGUACGAGAGGCGGUACGAGGUGAUUGCGAAGACGCAGGUGCCGCUGUGGGACGUGCCCGUGCGAAUGGAGGCGCCUGCGGCUGCGGCUGCGGCUGCCGCUGCAGGGGCGGCCGCAGCGGCGGCGGCGGCGGCCGCAGCAGACGCGCUGCCUACUACGCCAGCAGGCAGCGCAGCUGCAGCAAGCCCUGCCGCCGGCAGUGGGCUCCGUGACGUGGCGCGAAGCGUCAUGCGUCGGCUGCUGUCGGGGGGCUUCGAGCCGGCACCGGGCAGCGCCGCCAGCAGCGGUGGUGACAAGCAGGCGCAGACGUCGGCUCAGCAGCGACCGCUCGACUCUGUCGGUGCCGACUGGGCUGUCACGCUGGUGCGAGGCGCAUUCCUGGCGCUGGCCCUCACACAGCUGCUCACCUCCCUCGGCCUGCUCGGCCACGGCCUUGCAAAAUUUGUGGGCAGCAUCGCAGCGCUCGCUCUGGCUGCGGGACUGGUGUCCCUGGCGGCGGCGUCAGCCGCCGCCCUGCAGCCAGCAGCGAAGCUGCGGGCUGCACCGCCGCCGCCGCCGCCGGCGAAGCUGCCGGUGGCACCUGCUACAGCCGGCGCCGGCGGCGCUGUGGGCGCAGCGGAGCUGCCGCCGCUGCGGCAGGGCCGGCGCUACAGCCGCCGAAUGGAGGUGAUGGAUGAUGCGCCGGAGAAGAUGCGGCGCCUGGCGGCGGUGGCAGACGGCCCGCAGACGGUGGUGGUGGAGCUGGUGAUGGAGAUGGUGACGCCGCCGCCGCCACCGCCGCAGCUGGCAGCGGUGGUGCAGCCGGGACAGGAGACCGCACAGGCUCCGGAGCCGCUGCCAGUGGACUUCGAGGCGCCUGACGUGGACGUGCCCGCGGCGCCGCUGCCCGCCGACAUCACGGACGGCGCCGCCGGCGUGUCCGUGUGUAGCAUGAUGGUGGGCUGCGGCCCCCACGCGCUCUUCAAGCACUUGUUCUGGCGCGGGUCGGGCCUGUCGGCUCGUGUGUCCGCGGCACAGGGUGUGACGGACCUGUCGGUGCUGACUCCCUGGACCGCCGCCGCCGUGCCGCCGGCGCUCAUGUGGUGCGAGGUGACCUACAAGACGCCUGGCAAGUUCGGGCUGCGGCCCAGCGCAGCCACCCAGAAGCAGGAGGUGAUGGCGAAGUGCGACGGGGGCUUUGUGGUGAGCAACUCCAUCCUGCCCGCCGUCACCAAUGGCCUUGUGGCGAUCUGCGUCAAGGUGGUGGGACGUCACGCCGGCGCUGGCCGCACGCACCUCACCGCCACACUGACGGUCCAGCAGCCCACGCCCAAGCGCAGUUGGCUGCACGGCAUCAUCGAAAGCGCCGCGCCGGACGCCACCCGGGGGUAUUAUGAGGAGCUGCGCAAGCAGAUGCAGGCGCUGGGCCUCAAUGUUCAGUCGCCCUAGGCGCAAUGACAACAAUAAUGAGGCAGGACGCAUGUGGGUGCAAGCAGGUGUCAUCUGGAUGGGGUAUGGCUUGGAGGCCUGCAUGUCGGCCCAGCUAGAGCUUCGCGCGCGCGAUGUGUAUGGUGUGCGUCAGUGAUCCAUAUCCGAAUGCGCGAGUCCUGGACUCCUGGUAGAUGGUAGGCGGGGCCGGGGGGAUACAUGGUAAUGCUAUUAGGUAGUGAAGAGCUGUACGGCGCAAUCCGUGCAAGUGCGCAAAGCGGCCUCUCACGGUCGUGUGACCCAUGAGACGUGAUUAUGACGGCGCGUGUACCGGCGAUGUCUGUGUGCGUUAUGCCUGGCAGGCUAACAGACGUGCACAGCCCUCAAGGGAUAAAAGGGCAAGGUGUAUGCACAUGUCUGUGUUCGUGUGUGGUCAGGUGUGCGAUUGAGCAACGGCUUCCAGUGCUGCUUCACAGUUUGAGUGCUCGGGUGAAGGUGUUGCAUGCUGGGUGAUGGAUGGGUAGUGACCAUGACUGGCGACGUAACUGAAGACUGGAACGUGUUAGGUAGGAGUGCUUAAUUGGGGGGCAGGGCCUGCUAGAUAGUCCCAGGCGCGGAAUAGGUUGCAGGCGGUGCAGGCAUCACGCCCCAGGAGCUCAGGAAUAAUGCGACCGGCAAGAGAAAUGACUUUUGGCUUCUACAGUGAGGGGCCUUGUGUGUGCACACCUUGCGUGGCGGCAGGGGUGUUGCGUGGUGAGUACGGUUGGGAUGACAACCGAACGCUUCGUUGCCACGCCCUCAAGGGCCGAGGUAAAGGCCGACUGGCCGAGGCCGUGCUGUCCGACCACUAGCCUCUUUUAUGACCUCUCAAUAGA